UUUAAGAAAAACAUAUUAUAUCCCUAAACCCUAAAGUUCAAAAAGGCCGAUUUCGCUCCCAAUUUUCAGAGAAAAAAGAACAAACCGCUGCUCCCUACCCUUCUCAAUUCACUCACAGCCGAAUUCAAAUUCACGCGCAGCAGAAACCGCGUUUCUCCAGCAGCAGUAGGAGCAGGUUCCUUUAAUGAGUUUUAGUUAUUUCGCGAAACAAGAAGGAAUCAAAGUAAGAGCGCUACAGAGAUUCAAUUUCGUGCAGAAAUUAAGCUAUUCAUUGAAAGAUGCCAGCGCCAUGUCUCACAGGAUUGAAGAGGCACAAAAGAACAAACAAAUCUUGGGCUGAUGGGAAACAGAAACAGAAGAAAAGACCAAGAAAAGAAGGUAAAAUUGACUUGGAGGAAGAUGUCGCUGGUGACUCCCAAUCUCUCAGCAUGUUUGAGGAAGAUUCUGUUGAAGAAGGAAAUGAUAAUGAAAGUGACCUGCAAGAGCAUAGAACUGUUGGCAUUGUGGAUGCGGAUGGAGAUUCUGAUUCAGAAGAUAUUCAGGAGGCCUCCAACACCGAUCAAGAACAAGAAUUGGAUGUCAAGUCCCAAACUGUUGCAAAGGCACCAGCUUCCAGAAGCUCUUUCCAUUCUCACUUAGAGUAUAAGUUACCAGAAACUGAGGUAGAGGAUCUGUUGAAGAAAAAGUGGAAAUAUCAAUGGGAUGUGCCUGCUUUUGGCAUGCCAAAUUGCAAGUGGGUAGGGACAGGAGAGUGUUUUCUGGAGGUAGCUAACGUAAACUCUGAUUGUGGUCUCAAGCAAAGGUUAUAUAAACACUGGUUGGAUGUGUGCAGGACAUCUGGCAACAAUGAUUUUCAUUCAUCUCCACAGAGAUUCUUCUUCUCUCUUUGCAAUAGCUACAGAGAUAUUUUGCACUGUAACAAGAAGCCUUUUUACCGCAAGGGCCUAAAAGAAGACUUGGCCAUCAUGGAUGCAUACAUUAUGCACUGUCUAAAUCACAUUUUCAGAACGAGAGAUCUUGUGACCAAGAAUGAUUCAAAAGUGGGCAAGCAUUGGGAGAAUGCUAAGGAUGAAUUGCUUAGUGGAGAUGAAUUCCUUGAUCAUGGGUUUACUCGUCCAAAGGUUUUGAUCCUACUGCCCUUUAGAAGCAUUGCAAAUCGUGCUGUUAAUAGGCUAAUACAACUGACCCCCGGAGCUUACAAGGUUAAUGUGGAGCACAUGAGUCGUUUCUCUAACGAGUUUGGAAAUCACGAUGAUGAAGACAAUGUAAACACCAAUGAGUUAACUGGAAGUGUUAAAAACUCAAACUCCCAGAAGUCCUCAAAACCACCUGACCAUCAAGCACUUUUUGAUGGAAAUGUAGAUGAUAAAUUUAUGAUAGGCAUUAAAUUUACAAGGAAGAGCAUUAAGUUAUAUAGUGAUUUCUAUUCCUCAGACUUGAUAGUCGCUUCUCCUUUGGCAUUGCUGAAGAAAAUUGAGGAAGCUAAACGUGACAAGGAAAAAGAUGUGGAUUAUCUUUCUUCUAUAGAGGUUCUUAUCAUUGAUCAUGCAGAUGUUAUAGCAAUGCAGAAUUGGGCCUUCCUUACAUCAGUUCUUGAACAAUUGAAUUGCAUUCCUUCUAAGCAGCAUGGGACUGAUAUAAUGCGCAUUAGAAAGUGGUAUUUGGAUGGACAUGCCAGAUUUUAUCGGCAAACAAUUGUUUUAGGUUGUUAUGCAAACCCAGACAUUAAUGCUUCCUUCAAUCGUCAAUGUGUAAACUACCAAGGAAAGGUAAAGUUGAUAUGUCAGUAUAAAGGUGUUCUUCCAAAAGUCUCAGACCAAGUACGACAGAUUUAUCAGCGAUUUGAUGCAGACUCUGUGGCAGAAGCUGACAAUGCUCGACUUGACUACUUUGUUCAGAAGGUGUUCCCAAAAAUUAAAGAUUCAGAUGAGGGUGGGGUUAUGCUAUUUAUUAGUUCUUACUAUGAAUAUGUUCGACUUCGUAACUUUUUGAAGUCGCAGAAUGCAUCCCUGUGUCUGCUUGGAGACUACGCCGAACCAAGGGAUGUCACUCGUAUGCGGAAUUGGUUUCGUAAUGGAGAAAAGAAAAUCAUGCUUUACACAGAAAGAUUUCAUUUUUACCGUAGAUACAAGAUUGGUGGUGUUCGAAAUUUGAUCGUCUAUUCUCUCCCUGAGAGGAAGGAGUUCUUCCCGGAGGUUGUCAACAUGCUUGAAGGGGCUGAUGACAUGACAUGCACUGUGCUCUUUUCUCAAUUCGAUCAACUCCAGCUAGAGAGAAUUGUUGGAACUGCUUCUGCAAGAAGAAUGAUCACCUCAGAAAAGGGUGUCUUUGUGUUCUGUUGAAAUGCUUCUCCUGGCGCAAAAAGAUUCUCCAAGUAUGAAAUACAUGGGUAAAACCCUAAAAAGGUUCCAUUGUUCAGCAAGACCUGGGCAUGGACAUGAGAUUCAAUGGGAAAGGAGCAGCUUAAAGAACUACAGCAGGUAUGAAACUUUGCAAGAGGACUCUUCCUUUGAGAUUCAAAAGCAGGAGAAUAAAAGAGCUAUUCUCAACAGAUGCAGAUAGCAUCAUAGAUCAUUUUGCUUCAUUUUUCAUUAUGAUCAUCGUUUUCUGUGUUCCUUUUAGAACUUUUUUUUCGGUUCCUUGGAAUAGUUGCUUAGGAUCCCAAGAUCAUGCCUUGCUGCAAAGCAUGUUUCUUUUGUAUUGAAUAUCACCCGUCAAACAGAUUUCUUUUUGAAGUAAAACUUGUCUGCAAUCCGUAUUGAUAGUAUUA